AUGGUACUUAAGUGUAAGGGAGCGUGUAACUUGUGUGGAGACAAGGACUGCCCCGAUCAUGUUCAUUGCCAUUCCUGGAAACAGAGAGGUUUUUGUCGACCUGGAGGGCCAUAUUACUCCUACAUGAAGGCGUACUGUCCAGCCACCUGCGAGCUAUGUGGUUGCGUUCCUGAGCCAAAUAAUGAUCCAUCCUGCGCUUUCUUGACGAAAGCCGGUUAUUGUAACCCUAAACAUCGAUUCUAUGGCUAUAUGAUGAACAACUGUCAACAUUCCUGCGGUUUUUGUCCCGGAUCGUCAAAGACUGAACCAACAACGUCUACAACGUCUGCUUCGUCAACGACCGCUGAACUAUCUACAACGCCUAGUCCUUCAACCACAGGUGUACCAUCCACGACGUCUAGUCCUUCAACCACAAGUGCACCAUCUACGACAUCUAGUCCUUCAACCACAGGUGCACCAUCUACGAAGUCUGGCCUUUCGACCACUGGUGCACCAUCUACGACGUCUGAUGUUUCAACCACAGGUGAACAAUCUACUUCGUCAUCAAACACUACCGCUGCUCUGACAGCUGAAGUUAAUGCUUGCUUAAAAGCACACAACGAAAGGCGUGCGCUUCAUGGUGCAAGUCCGCUGGUCUGGGAUGAUACACUGAGAGAGCAUGCGCAGGCUUGGGCCGAUCACCUGGCUGAGACUGGCAAAAUUCGUCAUGACCCAAACCGAGACGAGGAAGGAGAAAACAUAGCUUGGUUUAAAGGAUACAGAACUGCAGGUUGUGAAGAUGCACUGAUGGAAUGGUACGACAGAGAGGAACCAAAGUAUGAUUAUAGGAACCCUGGAUUUUCUCCUGAAACGGGCCAAUUUACCCAGGUUGUAUGGAAGGACACCAGAGCAGUAGGAGUCGCUCAAGCCUCCAGAGGCUCAGGUUUUUCAAAACAGAUCUUUAUCGUGGCUCGUUACAGUCCUUCAGGAAACUUCAUUUUGAGAAGGUUUAAAGAAAAUGUGGUCGAGAGACGAAACCAGCCAAAUACAACGCCUAGCUGGAAACGUUCAUCCACCAGAGGCUCAAAGACAACACCUGACACCUUAGUCACCAGGAAAGCAGUAACAUCAAUACAGCCUUCGGCCCCUACCACAUCUCUUACAGCUGAAGUAAAAGCUUGCUUAAAAGCACACAACGAAAGGCGCGCGCUUCAUGGAGCGAGUCCGCUGGUCUGGGAUGACACGCUAGUAGAGCAUGCGCAGGUCUGGGCAGAUCACCUGGCUGCGACUGGUAAAAUUCAUCAUGACCCAAACCGAGACGGCGAAGGAGAGAACAUAGCUUGGUUUAAAGGAUACAAAACUGCAGAUUGUGAAGAUGCUUUGGUAGGCUGGUACGAUCGUGAGGAGCCAAUGUACGAUUAUGCGAAACCUGGAUUUUCUCCCGAAACAGGUCAUUUUUCUCAGGUUGUGUGGAAGGCGACUACAGCGGUGGGAGUGGCACAAGCUUCAAGAGGCUCAGGCUUCUCAAAAGAAAUUUUUAUUGUUGCUCGUUACAGUCCUACGGGAAACGUUCUGAGAAGAUUUCAGAAGAACGUUGGAGUCAAGCGAUCUAAAAGUUAA